CAAAUAUCACUUUGCACUCUCUCGCCCUUAAACCCCUUCCAACCUCUCCUUCUUCUCCGAUCUUCGCCAUGCGUUUCUCGAACCCCCACCAGUCGGCGCUCCUCUCCCUAUCGGCAUGCAUCGUCCUCGUCGUCCUCUCCUCCGUCUCCCCUCCGGCCCUCUCCCUCUCCUCCAUCCACGACCUCCUCCGCUCCCGGGGCCUACCGGCCGGCCUCCUCCCCCGCGAGAUCAAGUCCUACACCCUCUCCGACGACGGCCGGCUGGAGGUGCUCCUCGACGGGCCCUGCCUGACCAAGUUCGAGAACCGUGUCUUCUUUGACAGCGUCGUCAAGGCCAACCUCACCUACGGGAGCCUCAUCGGGGUGGUGGGCCUGUCCCAGGAGGAGCUCUUCCUGUGGCUCCCCGUGAAGGACAUCAUCGUCGACGACCCCAGCUCCGGCCUCAUUCUCUUCGACAUUGGUGUCGCUCACAAGCAGCUCUCCCUCUCGCUCUUCGAGGAUCCGCCCGACUGUAAGCCCCAGCAAGGUCUGCUGAUGAGUCAUGUGAGGAAGGAGAAAGGGUUCGAGGAUCGGAGAUAGAGAAUGUCCAAGGCUGUUCCAACUUUUGUCCGCUCCUCCUCCUCCUCCUCCUCCUCCUCCUGUCUAAUAAUGAAGAAUUUCCCCCGCAUCAUAAUAGCAAAUAUAAUAUUAAAUAUAUAUAUGUGAGUAAAUGUCAUUAGAAUUUAGGUUGCCGGUAGCUUGGUCAUAAUUAGGGAUUGUAAUUAAAGAUGUGAAUUUGGAAUCCAAGAUUUAGCGAUGAAGAGACUUUUCGAAAGAGAGCUUUUUCUUCUGAUAUAUAUUUUUUUUUUGGCUUUU